ACAUGAGCUAACUUAAAUGCCAAGAAACUCCUUACCUACUUGUGCUCUAUCUGCAUUAACUAUCUAAUCUAUAAAACCUGUAAUCCCAUUAGUUCCAACUCUCCCUCACUGACAUGAAAACUCGAGACAUGGAAGGCAAUGUAGAUAAUGAACUCCAUGUAUCACCUUAUGCUUCCUUAACACAGUGCCUUCACUAUCCUUCUGCAACCCAGAAACCUAUCAUGGCCUCAACAAACCUCCUGAACAUGGAAGCUAGGGAAGGCCCUAUGGAUCCACCUCAUAGUUUACAUCAUGUUCCAUUUUUGUACUCCCAACUUCACCUUCCUAGCAUUAACAACAACCCAAUUCAAUUGCCACUCCAUAAAUCCUCUCCAAACACAUCAUCAAACAGUAACAACAACAACUCUGAUGAAGCAAAGGCUCUCCUUGAUGACAGAAAGAAGAAGAGGAUGUUCUCCAACAGAGAAUCUGCUCGAAGGUCACGGAUGCGAAAGAAGCAACAAAUUGAAGUCCUGCAGUAUCAUGUGGAUCAUCUGCAGACAUUGAACCAUCAACUCUCACAAAAGAUCAUUUACUUGUUGGAAUGUAACCAACAAAUUAACCAACAUAAUGCUCAGCUAAAAGAGAAAGUUUCUACUCUUCAGGUAGCACUUUCUGAACUGUUAGUUCCUGCUGGAAGUGCUGAGCAACAUCACCACAUCCCUAAUGGCUUCCUUGACGAGUCUUCAACUCGACCAAUUGCAAGCUCCAGAGCGUAGCCAAAUUUCAUUAUAUGUAUAUGUGCUCUAUCAACACUUACAGGCAUGCAUUUUGAGUGUUGAAUCUGAUGCAGACACUUUAUAGCUUGAAGCUGUGGUUGGUUUCAGUGAUGCAGUCAUAAAUCUAGUUCACAGGUAAGUAUUGAACAAGUAUAAGAGAUAGUUAAUUUCUAGCUCCCAGUUCUGGCUAAUGCAGCAUCAGAAAGUGUGAUUUGUGGGCUUGAUAAGUGGUAAAUACUUAAUAUGACAAUUUUAUAAUAA